CGCGGCGGCCCGGCCGCCAUUGGAGCGUCGGGCGAAGAUGCGAGCCAGCAGGGCGACGUAGUCAAAGGGGUGUUGAAAUACUGGAUCGUCAUGGCGGGAUUUACCGCAGUUGAGUUUGUGGCCGACACCUUCAUAUUCUGGCUGCCCUUAGUUGGUCUGACCAAAGUGCUCUUUGUCGUCUGGCUGGUGCUGCCUGGCAUACACGGCGCCGAAAUCAUAUACGACCGCAUCGUCGAGCCCUAUCUGGUGCAAAACGAGGACACAUUGGACAGGUACUUCCGCCAGGCGCAGCGGGUAGCGCAAACAUCAUCACAUUCAGUGUCAAAGAAAGCGUACGAUAGCUGGCUCGGGUAUGUGCAGAAAAUGGUGGACAGGCAGGGCGAGUCCACUGCGUCUGGGCUGCUGCAGACGGUCUCGCAGAGGCUGCCGAAUGCCUCGCGUGCUGCAACCUACAUCGCCAACCUGUCUGGUGUGACCGAGGGCCCGCCAGCGCAGGCCGAUCAGGCCAGCGGAUCGGGCAUUGCCUCGCUGCUCACAUCCCUGGCCAUGUCGUUCACCUCGAGCUCGCUGACUGCCGUGCCCGAGGACCAGCGCCUGAGGGACAUUCGAAUGCGCAAGACCCAGCUACAGGGCAUUGUCUCGCAGCUGGAGUCGAGCGAGCGCGAAAUCAUGUCAAAACAAGCCCCAGUGAAGGAGCGCCCGGAGGACGAAAGCGGGUUUGAGAAGGACGCGGUUAUUGUGAGCGAGCCAGGCAAUGAGAAUUCGUCGGAAGCGAUGCCACAAAAUGCGGCCGAGGGAGAUCGAGUGCCACCGGCUCGCCGCUGGUUCUGGUAGUUUGUAUUCCUCUGUUUUAUAGCAUCUUCUUUAUGUGUCGGGUCUGAGUGCCAUCCCUCAUCUGUGGUGUGGCUCGUAUAUGAAUUGUGGUGAUCCAUGAGCGACUU